AUGGGUUCGUAUCUGGCGGUGGCAGAGGCUUCUGCGGCAGACAACCCACCCAAGUUCAUCCACGUCACCUACACGCCGCCUGCUGCUGGAACUGCUCGUGCUGGGGAAGGGGAGGAGGAGAAGGCGUUGAAGAAGCCGGCGCUGAUUGGCAAGGGGCACACCUUCCACCUGCCAGCGCUGAUUGGCAAGGGGCACACCUUCCACCUGCCAGCGCUGAUUGGCAAGGGGCACACCUUCCACCUGCCAGCGCUGAUUGGCAAGGGGCACACCUUCCACCUGCCAGCGCUGAUUGGCAAGGGGCACACCUUCCACCUGCCAGCGCUGAUUGGCAAGGGGCACACCUUCCACCUGCCAGCGCUGAUUGGCAAGGGGCACACCUUCCACCUGCCAGCGCUGAUUGGCAAGGGGCACACCUUCCACAGCCGCCUUAUCGAGUACCUCUUCUAUUCACUCAUCCCCAUCCCUCCCUUGAGCCAGUGGCGGCUACAGCUUACAACCUCAAGCAGGCCCGGCUCAAUGAUUCACCCCAUGAAGUUUGACCCAGGUGACACGGCGGCGCUGCUGCAGUGCUGGGCGCUGCCAGCCAAGGCAGUCUCCACAAGAUCCUAA